AUGGCGACACUAGUACCCCCAAAGAGCAAGCGUAUUAAGCUUGCAGAACAGAAGAAGACCGCAGAGCAAGCGGAAUUCGCAGAGAUACCUUCAGACCUUCCGGAUAUUUUGAUCCAGUUCCGUGCUUCUGAUACCGGCGAAAACGAUAAAACACCUAUUAAGGUCCCCGGCGCUACUACUGUUAAGCAGCUAGAGCUGCUACUGAACGAAUUACUCGGAACUACCGAUGACCCACUCCCAUAUACCUUCUGCGUCGCAAAAGACAGUGCCGAAACCAAUCUCGCAAACGUAAUAGACAUCACCGACGACAUUUACAGCUCAGUCUUAAAAUCCGGCCACAAAACGACCGAAGACCUCCUAACCGUUCUAUACACCCCACAAGCCAUCUUCCGUGUUCGCCCAGUAUCUCGAUGUUCUUCAUCGAUAGCUGGUCACGAACAGGCUAUUUUGGCCGUAUGUUUCUCACCACAAAGUUCCAGUCGUAUGGUCACAGGUGGAGGGGAUAAUACCGCCAGAAUAUGGGACUGCGAAACCGAAACUCCUAUGAAAACGCUAAAGGGCCAUACCGGUUGGAUUCUUUGUGUUUCUUAUUCCCCAUGCGCGAAGUAUAUUGUUACGGGGAGUUAUGAUAAGACUGUUCGUUUGUGGGAUGCUAAAACUGGUGCUCCGUUGGGGGAUGCGAUGAAGGGACACAGUGCUUGGGUUACGGGAUUGGCAUGGGAACCGUACCAUCUUAGAACGGAGGAGGAUUCGCUGAGGUUUGUGAGUUCGUCGAAGGAUUGUACGGUUAGAGUGUGGGAUGCGAAGUUGAGGAGGGUGGAGAUGGCGAUGAGUGGGCAUGGUGCUAGUGUUACUUGUGUUAGGUGGGGUGGGAAUGGGUUUAUCUAUUCAGGGUCGCAGGACAAAUUGAUCAAAGUGUGGGACGGGAAAGAUGGAAAACUACUACAUACCCUAAAAUCGCAUUCACAUUGGGUCAACCACCUCGCACUUUCGACUGAUCACGUUCUACGUACCGGUUUCUACGACCAUACCGGCAAAUCCCCAUCGACCUAUGAAGAAAAGAAAAAACUGGCAAAAGAACGCUACGAAAAGGCGGCAACAAUCGGUGGACAAAUCAUCGAGCGCCUUGUCUCAGCUAGUGACGAUUUCACAAUGUACCUCUGGGAACCCUCCAAAGACACAAAGCCCAUAAAGCGUCUUCUCGGCCAUCAAAAGCUAGUAAACCACGUUACUUUCUCACCAGACGGGCGACUAAUUGCUUCGGCAUCAUUCGACAACCAUGUAAAAUUGUGGGACGCUAGGACCGGUGACUUUUUGUCGAGUUUGAGAGGUCACGUUGGAGCGGUUUAUCAGUGCGCCUUUUCGCCGGAUUCGAGGUUGUUGGUUAGUUCGAGUAAGGAUACGACAUUGAAGGUGUGGGAUGCUAGGAAGGGGAAGUUGGCGGUAGACUUGCCGGGGCACAAAGAUGAAGUUUUUGCGGUAGACUGGAGUCCCGAUGGGAUGAGGGUUGGUAGUGGCGGGAAGGACAAAGCUGUGAGGUUGUGGAAGCACUAG